CGACGAAAACGCUCUCUUUCUCAGUGUUCGGUUUGGUUUGACUUUGGUCAGAAACACAGAAAGGGUUGAUCCGAUCUUUGUUUGAUCUCUAGCUGUUGAGAGUGCAAGUUGUGCUUUUGUUCGUGUUUCGUGCUCCAGCUCUACUAACUGCUGUUGGCCAUGGGUUCCGGCGGCCGGAUGGACUGCUGCGGGCAGUGCGUGAAGUACAGCAUGUUCGUCGCCAACUUUGUUAUUUUCAUCGGUGGUGCGAUCGUUUUCGGUCUCGGCGUCUGGACGCUGGUCGAUAAGAACUUCAUCAACGAGCUGCUCGGGACGAAUCUGUUCUCCGGUGCGGUGUACGUGCUGAUUGCCACAUCCGCCCUUGUGUGUCUGCUGUCGUUUUUCGGCUGCAUGGGAGCGGCCAAGGAGUACAAGUGUAUGCUGCUCACGUACUUUAUCCUGGUGUUUCUCAUCUUCGUGACGAUGCUGAUCGGCGGCAUCCUGGGGUACGUGUUCCGGGAGAAGGUCUCGCAGACGAUGGGCGACGAGAUGCGCUCGUCGAUGAGCCUCUACGGGAGCCGGCGGGCCAUCACGCAGGCCUGGGACACGACGCAGGAGCGGCUGAAGUGUUGCGGCGUGAAGAGCUACAGUGACUGGCGUGGCGAGAUUCCGCGCUCCUGCUGCCAGCGUACGUUCGACGGGUUCAAACCGUGCAACGAGAACCCCAGCCCGGAGAACAUCUACAUCAACGGGUGCCUGGAGAUCACGUCCAGCUACAUCCGCGAUAAUGCGGCCAUCAUCGGCGGGUCCGGAAUCGCGGUGGCCGUGCUGCUCGUCUUUGGCAUGAUCUUCUCCUGCUCACUGUUCCGCAUGAUCGAGUAGAGCGGGGCCUGAAAGCAAUCACGAACCACACACAUUUUAGCAUAUAUCACCUUGUUUGUUAAGCUUCGCCCAUUUCGUUCCGUGUAGUACUGCCUAGUAGUUGAUGUGCUUUUUCUGCCCGGCGCUCCGACGCCAACGCCCAACAGCAGCAAAGAUCUGUCGAAGAGAUCCGUCCAACUCACCGUGUUUCGUGUCUCUCUGUUGUGAGCCUUACUUUUUAAGAGGUAGCAUUAUGUCUCGUCGUGGCACACCACAUUUUAAUCGAUAAGCGAGUGUUCGUUUUCAUCCUAUGUUUUAUCUCGUAUGGUAUGAUUUUAUCACACGUCCCUCUGAAUCUGAAAUGAGAGAAGGGGAUCACAAAUGAUCACGCGGGGAGUUUGUGCUUAAUAUUAAUAAAUACGAACGCGAAGGGCGCUAGCGUGUGU